AUGGCUUCAGCGCGCGCAGCGUGUGCUUGUGUGGUCGCCUCGCCUCACUCUCAUGCAUCAUGGCCUCGAAUGCAACGAUUGCAGACGCCAUGCCUAAAGGAAAGCUUUGCUCAGGGAGCCAUGAUGGGCGCCACCGUUGGUGCCAUUCGCUUUGUGCGAUCAAAAUACAUUGUCUCAGCACUCAAGUGGGGCACCGCCACCUUUAUGCUCUCAACCAUGGCUGCGCUCGAGUUUUGUCGCUACAACCGGCAAGCUUCAGAGAGUCGUUUGGAUAAAACCGUGGCAGCCAUGAAUGAGUAUAACCGUGCCAAGGCUGGCAAGCAAUUGCCCUACCCACACGACCGAGAUGUGACCUCCAAGUAG